AAACUGGAUGUCACAUCAUUUCCAGCUCCUAAAUUCUGAUCAAACUGAGAUGCUGCUCAUUGGUCCUGCUCCACAUAAACACCAGUUUGAUCAAGUAAAAGUAACUCUCAAUGACUGUGUGAUUUCAAAAUGAAACAGAACAUCUCAAAUCAAAAGAGAAAAACAAAAUACAAGUGACAGACACAACAGCAUCAGAGUCACCAACAGUCGCAGUAGAAACAGUUGUAGUCGUGGUGAAAGUAGCAGCACACUUUGAAACAGUGUGUUGUUGCAGACACUAGAGGGCAGCAGUGUGAAGGUUUGAUUCUUCACAGCAGCACAGAACAGAUAGAAGUACUGUCAUAGAAACUGUAGUAUGAGGUGAUAACUACAGGUUUAAAGUGAGGGCUUGAAGGGAAGAACAUCUAUGAACAACAGAAAGAUAAUUUCUAAUAUUCUAUCAAAUGUUUUCAAAUCAGAUCAGAUAUUCUGUAAUCAUCCUAAAUGUAAUGAGAGUUUGGAAAGACACAGAUAAAUGAUGUCCUGCUGAUAGUUUGAUCAGAUCAGAAAACACUUGUAUGUGUGCUUUGAAAGCUCAGUUACAAACAACAUAUUUAGUCCUUUCAUUUGGACUUGGACUUUUUGGGCCCAACCUCUGGCUGAAUAGCACCUAUUUCAAAUCCAAGGAGGGUUUUUACAGGCAGAAGCACAGCUGUGGUGGCUUCACCAGUGUCUCCCAUUGUGGCUGACCUCUACAUGGAGGAAGUAGAGAGCAGAGCCCUGAGCUCCUUCCAGGGAACAGCACCAUAAGCACUGCUUCAGAUAUGAGGACCACACCUGGAUUUCAACUCUUCUCAAGCCUCCGCUGGCUUCGUCUUUACAAACUAACCCUCUGAACUUUCUUUGACCUUCUAGUGGAGAUCCCAAAGUGGAGAAAAAUACCAAAUGUGUCCGGCUGGAUUUUGGGGAAAUGUGUGUGAACUGAUGCAGCAGACAUGUAGAAAUGUUCCAUUUGAUGGAGUCUUGGCUUUGAAUGUUUCACUCAGUCAAACAUCAUGUAGCUUUAAUGAAGAGACUGAACAACAGAAUCCAAAUAAAGAUGUGAUACUGUGUGUGGAAAAGCUUUGAUGUGUCAUAGAAAUGAAAUGAUGACAUGAAAUGACAGAAAUGUAAGGGGACGUUUAAGGCUUCAAAUCACAGCUGAGGAGUUUUGUGGAUUUGUACUUUUGUCUUUUCAUCACAGCUGUUAAACAACAGAUAACAGUCUGUGUUACUAAAUUCACCACCAACCUCAAUGUGUUUGUGCUGACAUGAAUGUUUUCUUGUAUUUCUGCAUCAUCGUCACCCACAUUGUUUUUUUGUAGCCAUGGAAAACCACACAACAGCUUCAGCCGAGCUGUCAAUCAGCAGCAGGGGCUGAUGGGAGGUCUGAGGACCUGUUAGAAAGCACGUGGCCCUCGUCUGAUCUCACAGCUCGUCCUUGUUUGGCCUCAGCUGCAUCAGAGCGCCACUUCUCCCCAGGUUCCCCAGAGGAAACACCACUGCACAAAAUGCUUUUCCUCCCAGCUGCUCCUCUGUGCUGUCUGUGUUCAGCGCUGGUUGCCAUGGCAGCAGAGCUGAUUCAGGAUGAUUUAACAUUGACCAGAAGAGUUGAUGAAGAAGUCUCCUUCAGCUGUGGACGAACUCACCAGUGUGCCCUUGAUUAUAUAUUCUGGUACCAGAAGAAAGACACAGAAACAUUCAGAGUGAUUCUUGAUAUUAACAGGAAAAAUGGUAAAUUAGAUUACGGCUACGGUCAUCCUGAGAAAAAUGAUUUCUCAGCUGUGAAUAAACAGAACGGCUGUGAGUUGAAGAUCCAGAAAGUUAAACUCUCUCAUUCAGCCACCUACUACUGCGUCUGUGUGAAGUCUGAUCACUACAUGUUUGGCUCUGGAACUAAACUGUAUGUAACAGAUGAGCAGGUAGUGAAGCCCGUGGUGAGCGUGUACCCAGCAGCAUCCAGAGCCCACCUGGAGGGGAAGAGCUCCCUGCUGUGUCUGGCCUCAGCCAUGUUUCCUCCUCUGGUCAAGUUCUCCUGGAAAAGACAAAAGGAGGACGGUCCUCUGGAGGAGGUGCACCGUGAUGUGGGAGAGCAGCUGGAGCUUAGAGAGUCGGGACGCACCGCCUCAAUCUUACUGAUCCAUGGGCACGAGAGCAGCACAUAUAAAUACCACUGCUCCGUCCAGCACGAGGGGGGCACAGCGGAGGCCCAAACAGAACAAGGUAAUGAAGGCUUGGUGACUGUGUUCAGCAGUGAUUCAGCUUCAUGACUGACAUUUCUUUUGGACUCCUUUUCUGUUGCAGAGGUUCCAGCUCCUCCACCAGCAGCUUCUGCUCCGUCUCAGUACAGGGUGAAGCUGUUGUGUCUGCUGUACACAGUGCUGAUAGUGAAGAGUCUGGUGUACUGCUGUGGACUCUCUCUGCUGAUGAUCCUCAGAAACAAGGGACCGUCCACCAACUGCACACAUGCUGACUGACUGUUUUCUGCUCGCCUUUUCUCACCAUCAAAUCUCAUCAGUUCAUCUCAUUGAUCACUUUGAUCAGCAGUCAGAAAUGUUGAAUUGUGACGUCUUGUUGUUGCUUGUUAAAUGUAUCUUUUGAUGCACAGCUUAGCUACAGUCCUGCUAACAAUAUAAAUACAUAUAUACACAUAUAUAUUUGCAGUUCAGUUCUGUGCUGUAGUGUUAUUUUGAUCCUCUAGUUUCUUUCCACUUUUAAUUGUGACUUGUAUACUCAUAGAAAAUGAAGGUUCAGUGCUGACCCCCUUUUCUAAUUGUGUCAGUGUGGAUGUAAAUCUCUACGCUGAUGACACUGUUGUUUACACACAGCGAGCUGCUCUGAAGCUACAACUGCUAUAAAAUGAUGACACAGCGGCUCCAUCAGUCGGGCUGAACUUUGAAUGUGGCCAAAAUGAUGGCUGUGUUUAUUUUUGAUCAACCAAUAAAAUGACACUUGACCAUUACAGCUUCAUCCAGAUGAAAUGGAUUGGUAUAGUUACUGAUUAUACGUGAAUUAAGAUUUAUGUGACACAUUUCAAGACAGAGUCACAAAAUGCUUCACAGAGAAAAACUAAAGUUACUGCAGAAAUAUAUUUUCAUAAAGUUCUAUAUGACAUCAUUUCCAGUCAGAUUUGAAACCUGUUCAAAAUGAACAGAUGGAUUAGAAAUUGUCUUUGUAUUGAUGUUGUUCAAAAUGUCUGCACGCUCUGAUCCUUUCCCACAUGUCCUAAUAUGUUGUAUUAUGUUACAAGUUGGGGUCAGGCUGGAGAAACUGUCAUUAAACUGUCACCUUUACAGAAUCAAUAAAACUGUUUUUUUGUCUUUAACCACA